GGAAGAAGGAAAAUUCAGAUAGACAGAGAUAAGAGGGAGUACUACCACUACACUAGUGAACAAUUGAUCUUGGUGAUCUUUUGCAAUUCACUAACUCUGACACAGAGUGUUUACCAAGUAGAUGGGGUAACUGCGAGUUCAAUAGUCACCAAAGGAGAAUUCACGGAUCAACGCACGAGGAGCUACAUGUAAGGCUGGGUUUCACACAUAAUACUUUUUACAUUACUUUACAUGUGUUUCAGAUCAAUAAACAUUCAUUUUUUUAUUUUUUAAACAAGUUGACAGUGUUUGAAAUUCAUAAAAUUCAAGUUGCAAUUCUAAUGUACUGUACUACAUAAAUCACAACUUAGCACCCCUUAAUAUGAUAAAUCUAUUUAAAUAUAAUAAAGACUACUAUACCAUCAAUCCAAUACUCGUUCCCACUCUAAAUUUCAUUAUCCUGUAGCAUUCAAUCAGUCAGCCAUUUUUCAUUUAGAUCCACUGGUCCUAGAAUAUGGAAUUUCUAGCACAAAUAUUAUUGCAUUUAAAACAAAACUAAAGUUUACUUCUAAUUAUGUAUGCCAAUUAAUCACAUAAUUCAUUUCCACACCCUUUUUUUACCCCUCCCCCUACCAUCUUAGUUCUUAUGUAUUGCUCGUAUUUAUUAUUGUUACUUUUUCACUUUUAUGUACAAUGUAUGUUUAUACAUUAUGUAUUGGGUGUCCCACUCAUCAAGCUUUUGCUUUUAGGGGCACCAUAAUCAUUUAAACUAUAUCGUAUAUUCAUGUACGAUUUGUAUAUAUUUUGGUUUGUAUAUUGAUUUUUAAAUGAUUGAAUACAUUGUAAAAUGAAUUGAAAAUACUGGUUUAGGGUGCUUAUUGAAACUCCUAAGGGUCAUGCAUGACAUCCUCUGGUCAGUGGAAGAGCCCCCGCUCCCCUUUCAGGACCAAGAACAGGGGCAUCGCUAGGUCUUUUUCAGUGGGGGAUGUGGAGGCCGUGAUUACCAACAAAUAUCGGUAGCUAUUACCGAAGUCUGGCAACCAUGAAUGCGCAAAGUGCGAGCUAAAAAUUUUAGAUUUAGACCUUAAACUUGGACUUUCUAAUUGUCGGUAGCCUACAGAUCUCCAUGAUAGCAUUGCAAAAAAAUCGCAAAUUAAUGAUAAUAGUAUGCCAUUUGACAUUAUUUUACUGACAAAGAAAAUGUAACUCAAAGUCCAAGUAAGAACAAGCAACAUGGAGCAGUUGGAACAACUCUGCAUGACCCUACAGUUUGUCAUUUUCCAGACAAGCGUCAGUCCAACAGCCCUGCACUUGCGUAACAGACCAUUAAUCAUUUUCCAACAUCUUAGACUCCACAUCUUUUAUUACACAGACACACAGGUUUACCUAUAAUCAAAACCUUGUCUACCUCAUUCCUUCUCUUUUUGAGUUUUCUCCUUCCUUUUGCUUUCCUAUUCCUCUUUGUCCCUUUCCUCUUUCUCCCUUAUUUUUUCCCCCUUCUCACUUUUUUUCAUUUAUCCCGACGGCAGCACUGAUUUACCCACUUAGCAACGGCCCUGACCCUGAGGCUGUUCACACCGCAAGGGGGGACCGUGUGCGGACCGUGGAUCGCGCUAUCGUAGCGCGAUCCACGGUCCGCCCAUUGGCAUUCGCCGGAUUCACACCGCAGUGAGAUAGCGCGGUCUAUCGUAGCACCCCCUUUUUUGAGAGGUCCUGUUGCCAUGACGCGUGACGUCAUGAGGUCAGAGCGGUCAAAGAUUUCGCGCGCUAUUACGAACCCGUACUAGUUAGUUGAGAGCUCGAUAUCGCUGUGCCUAUUAUGCUAGCCGGCCUACGUUUAUUUCAUGGCGUUGUAUACAUUGUGCAUGUAUUUCUAAUUUGAUUAAUCUAGAUUCUAGACUCUUGUAUUUCCGGCGUGCUAUCGUAGCUCGGGUUCACACCGGCAGAGAUAGCGCGAUAUAGCGCGCGCUAGACCGCGCUAUCUCUCGUGGACCACCCCCAAGAGGCGCUCCAGUGGCACGCCGUUUUGGCUCGCCGUGGCUCGCUGUUGGGCGGACCGAAACGACGUUGUACCUUCCACACCGCAGAGAUAGCGCGAUCUAGCGCGCGCUAGAUCGCGCUAUCUCUGCCGGUCUGAACAGGCUCCAAGAGAACAAUAUCUCUCAUGCUAGAGUGACCAGAAUUGAAUAGCACUUUUUUUGACUGAUGUGAACUAUAAAUUUAUGGAACACAUGAAUACCUUUGGUGGGUCAUGUUGCCAAGGCAGACCCUGCAUUCUGACCAAGUGUAUGGAUCUGUAUCUGAAAUCUGUUCAAAAACAGGCCAGGAAAAGACUCCUCUUCAUCAUGACUAUGACACCAGGAGGUUAUAUUUAGAAGUACUUUCUCUUAUUUUUCGAUAAAAUAUUUAGGUGGUCUGUCUCUGACAGAUCACCUCUUAAUUUCGUCAGAAUUGUCUUUAUUGUUUAUUUAUUUAUUCAUUUAAUUAUUUAUUUUUCGCACCUUUCUUUGUCACUAUUUUUUCUCCCACGCCAUGGCAUAAGCUCAUCUGGCCCUAAUUAAUUAGAGCAAACUACUGAUUUAAGGCAUAAAUUAGCAUGAUCAACAAGAAAUGAAAUUUUUCCCAGAAUUUGAUCUUACCGUAUUGUAGAUUAUGCCAUGGAUAACACGUAUGCUAAUUUUUUAUGCGAUCGUGCAAUCGACUGCCCCCCCCCCCGUCUUCUUAGGCAUCGAAAUGGCCCGGCCUCGUCCAAAAGACCAGGGGCGGUAUUCUGAAAACAUUCUUAUCUUAAUUUUGUUCUUAUCUACGUCAUGAUCUCAAAAGGCGGUGCUGCACCAUCCCGAGUUUGCUCAAUCUCGAGAUUCAAGAAACCCCGUCUCCAUCAUCGCACAAAGAGCGAUUCCUGCUUGAGCGAGGCAACAAGCCUAAUGUUUCGAGCAUGCGCACUUUCGGAUCUUGGAGUUUCAACGGCCCGCGCUUUUGAAUAACUUCCCGCGAUAUGCAAUCAAAUACAUGUAGGCUACUCCUUUCUCUAGCACUUUCGCCGAAUUCGACAAGUGUUAUGCAACAAUCCUCUCAGCUCAGCCUCGCUCAGCGAGUGAAGAAGUGAUGUAUUCUUCGUAAAAUAUGAUGGCGGAGAAGGAGGCAAUGACAGAGAGAGAGGGAGAAAGAAAAGGAGGAGGAAAGAAUGCUAUUUGCUCACAUUUUGCGAAGGCCAAUACGAGUGUUGUCAUUGACUAUGACCAUCGUCGAUAAAUGAGCGCCUCCCCCAUAUCCAUAGGUCUGGUCUCUCCCAAAAAUCCAUUCACUGUUGGGACACCAUUGUUGCUGAUUGGGGAAUUGAUGAACGCUAUUCGCGAUAAUGUCUAUUCGCGUGUAUAAAAUAGACUUUUGCACAUGUUUAUGUUUUGACCAAGGCGGAAGUGGAACGCAAAUUGCAUUAUGGACUGACGUCAUGAAUAAAUCACCCCGAGUCCAAUCUCGAGUGCGUCUGCACCUACGAAUUAGCGGGAUAGUUCGUCUGCACUGCAAACAAUCUCGAGAUUUUUCAGAUCGGGAUAAUUUGCCGGAUCAGAAAUAGCGUGCUAAUUUGAAAACUUGGGAUGGUGCAGACGGCCUUAAACUGGUAUUCUGAAAACAUUCUUAUCUUGUGUUCUUUAACUUUUUCUUAUCUUGCUUUCCAUCCUAUGCUGAGCGCGUAAAUUGACUACUCAUGCAUAUAAUACAAAAGCGGGCUAAAAAGAUAACAAAAUGAAGAUAAGUGGUAUUCUGAAAACGUUCUUAUCUUUUCUCUUUCUUAUCUUUCACGAUAUUUAAGAUAAUAUUUAAGAUAGCUAGAGGGUUAUCACAUCUCACGAUGUCCGUGUUUUUUCUUGCUCAAAAUCGAUGGCCACUAGUAGUAACAAGUACCCACAAGUAUUCCUCUCACCCUUUCUUUAAUUCACCCUUUAUUUUGCCCGUCUCUUUUUUUCUAUCCCUUCUUUCUUUCUUUGUUUCUUUUCUUUUGUCUAUUUUCUCUUUCUUCCUUUCUAUCUGUCUGUCUUUCUUCUUUUCUUUCAUUCUUAAACUUUCCAGGUCUCUCUCAUAGGAUGUGGCGAUGUUGACCCUAACCCUGGCCCAACUCCUGAUAAUAAUGGCCAAAAGAUAUAUGUCCCACCAUAUGAACAUAAUCUAUCUAUUCCAGCAAAUCAUCAGUACCACGAAUGUUGUGCUGUAUCCAACAAGUCACAGAGGGUAUUACUUGAUUAUGAUGUCUGGAAUAGAAUCCACAGCCUGGGAAUUGCACGGAAGCGCAAAACCCAUCGAGGUUCGAAGGGUCAGUCAAGGAAAAGAAAGAUGAUGAUAAAUGUACCUCCAAGUACUCUCUCUCCUGGUAAUGAAUAUGAUCAUCCCUCUAUGCAAGAACAAGAUACUACUGUAAAUGAAAUUCAGCAACAGCAGAUUCCUGUGAUCAUCCGCCCUCGUAUUUUCCAGAGGAAACAUAGUAAUAAGGAAAGAAGUGGUCUGAAAGUACUAAAAUCAAUUACCCCUGUUUGUUCUCAAGAAAAGCCAUCUAAUCAAGACAAACCCCUAUUGCCUACCAUCUUCCUAAGUAAUGCUCGUUCUCUCAACAACAAAAUGGAUGAAUUUGAGCUAACCAUCAGGCAUCAUGCAGCUGACAUCGCAGUAAUCACUGAAACCUGGCUCAGUGACUCUUCCCUAGGAGCAGCAGAUGUAACCGGGUACCAACUGCACUGCAAAAAUAGAACUGAUAAACGUGGCGGUGGCGUGGCAGUUUACACCUCUGAUAGCUUGACAACCCGUCCCCUAUCAAUCCAUAACUGUGCGUAUGAAUGUUUCUGGCUUUAUUUUGAUCUAGGGAAAACCAGAAGCAGUAUUAGAAGUCUCUACGUUGGAGUUGUAUAUUACCCUCCUGCCGCACCUUACAGCGUACAACUCCUGGAACAUAUCAAACACGUUAUUGAUCAUAUUAGGACUGUUGAUAUCUCUGCAUCCAUCAUUCUCCUUGGUGAUUUUAAUGAUUUACAGACUGGAUCCUUAUCAUGCGAUUUGGAUCUUACCCAACUUAUAGAAUUUCCAACUCGAGGUAACGCGAUCCUAGAUAAAGUAUUUACGAACGUUCCCUACCAUUACAACUCACCACUGAGACUGGCUCCUCUAGGACUCAGUGAUCACUGUUCCAUCUUGCUCAGGCCAGUUCAUGAACUAUCUAAUAAAGACAAAAGAACUAUACUUACCCGUCCACUGAAAGAUUCAUCAAUUAGAGAAUUUGGCCAAUGGAUUGUUAAUCAUAGCUGGAAUAAUGUUUAUAAUGAAUCAUCAGGUAACAAGGCUACCAGUGUAUUCAAUAGUUCCUUACAUGAUGCUUACAUUAAGUUCUUUCCCUUGACUAGAUCUUUGUUAAAGAAGAAUGAUAAACCUUGGAUGACGUGUAGAAUUAAACAACUCUUGAAGGAUAGGAAUAAGGCCUAUAGAAAACAGGAUCAUGAUAAUUGGGUUUCUUUGCGUGACCAAGUACAAUGGGAAAUAAGAAAGUCAAGAGUAAAGUAUUAUGCGCAAACCGUACAUGAUCUUAAGAAUUCACAGCCUGGAAAAUGGCACAAACACAUAAAGAAAUUGUGUAAGCUAAGUACUAAAAAAGUUGACAUCCCUGGUUCUGACGAUGACCCUGUUGAUACGGCAGUCUCCAUUAAUACCCACUUUGCUGCAAUUUGUAACCAAUUACCUCCCCUUGACUUAAACCUUCUUCCAGCUUAUUUACCUGCAGAUUCCCCUCCACCAAUUAUUUACCAGGGGCAGGUUCUAUCUGCUCUGAGGAAACUAAAGGCAAACAAAGCAUCCCAUUUCAAUGACUUACCAAUUCGUCUAGUCAAAGAGUUUGCAGUGGAACUUGCUGAACCGCUAACAUAUAUAUUCAAUCAGUGCCUGCAGGAAGGCACCUUCCCGAAUGACUGGAAAACGUCAUGUAUAACCCCCAUACCGAAAGAGAAAGUGAUAAGUUCCUAUGAUCAGCUGAGACCGAUAUCCCUUACCCCGUUAUUUUUUAGAACACUUGAGUCAUUUGUGGCAAAGUGGGUAGUAGAAGAUAUAUCAACCCAUAUUGAUAAGAGACAAUUUGGAAAUGUGAAGGGCUGCUCUACUGCACACUAUCUUGUUCACUUACUAAAAUUUGUCCUUGGAAGGCCUUGACAAAUCUGGCCAUUACGCCUAUUUAACUACUAUUGAUUUUACCAAGGCCUUCGACAGAGUAAAUCAUUCCAUUGUAAUACGAAAGCUUAUUCUUUUAAAUGUUCGUAGGUCGAUCAUUCCAAUUAUUUGCAGUUUUCUGACUAAUCGAACCCAGUGUACCAAGGUUAAUAAGUGUUACUCCCCUCUGGUAGAAGUAUCCUGUGGGGUACCGCAGGGUACCAAGUUAGGUCCCGUUUUAUUUCUUAUACUUGUAAAUGAUGCUGUAUGCGAGUGGGAUUCCAGAUGGAAGUACGUUGACGAUUUAACAUUAGGAGAAAUAGUUAAACGUAACGGAAAUCCCUCUUUACAAUCGUCACUUGAUUGUCUCUCAAAAUGGUGUACUGAUAAUGAUGUUCUCCCCAAACCAUCUAAAUGUAACCUUAUGCUAAUAUCCUUCCUCAGAAACUUUGUACCUCGUAUUGAUUUCCACCUUAACUUAACCCCACUCAAUGUUGUCGAAAGUAUCAAACUUCUAGGAGUUACACUUCAAAACGAUCUCAAAUGGAACCUACACAUUGAAGAAAUAGUUUCCAAAGCAUCACGUAGGUUGUACACCCUCUGUAUUCUAAGGAGAUCGAAGGCAAGUUUGGCUGAUAUGGUGACUGUAUACACUACAUAUAUUAGGCCAAUUCUCGAAUAUGCUUCCCCUGUCUGGCACACUUCUAUCACAAUCAAAGAAUCUGAUAAACUGGAAUUUGUUCAAAAGCGGGCACUCAAAAUAAUUGUAGGAUAUGACAUUCAUUACUCUGAUGCUCUGGUAAUUAGCAAACUCACUUCACUAUCUUCCAGAAGGGAUUCACUUUUAUUAAACUUUGGACAGAAAUUGAUGAACUCUGAUCAUCAUAAACACCUACUUCCAACACCAAGGUCCAUUUCUUGUACUAGACAAUUACGCAACAUGACUGGUUUCCCCACAAUCAAAUGCAAUACUGAAAGAUACCGUAAAUCCACCAUUCCUCACCUUGCAAAGAUUUUGAAGUAGUUUUCCGCAAUUCCUGUAUUUUGAUUAUAUAGCCAUUCCUUGUCACCAUUUCAGCCUGCAAUCCUUCUGUCUCCUUUUUUUUUUUUUUUUAGUGUUGUUACAAUGUAAGCUUACUCUCUUACCUUAUUUUUUCUCCCUCUUUCCUCUUUCUUUUCCUUUCCUAUAGUACUAUUUUCCUUACCUAUUUGAGUCCUAUCCCUUACACUUUUCUCUUUUUAUUUUCUUGUCUGUCCCUCUUUCUUUCUUUACAUCCUUUCUUUGGCUUUCUAUCGGUUUUUUGUAGGUUAGGCCUACGUACAUGGAAAAUUUGAAAUGAUUACAGUUAUUGUCUUGCUAUAAUGUAUUAUACUACUUGCUCUUAUGUUGAAUCUAUAUAUAUAUAUAAAUCAUUUUGAAUCUCAUAAAGGAUAUUCAUAUCUUUAUGUAGUGUCAAUCAUAAUUGACAGUACUUUGGCUUCUAUGUUCUCCAUGUCACUCUCCACUUCUUCACCACUUUCUGUUUUUCUCUCUACCUCACUCUAUGUUCUCUUUCUAUUUGGAGGACAUACUCCCUCUCUCCCUCUCUUUCUUUCCAUUACUCUCAUUUCUCUCUCUCUCUUCUUCUUCUCUCUCCCUCCUCCCCUUUGCUUAUUUCUCUCUUUCUCAAACUUUUAUUUAUGAGAUACAUCUUUUAACUGGAGAUAAGUUUUGACGUAGAAUACUGUAAUUACGUUUUUAUUCAUUUGCUUUGUUAUAUUUGUAUAUUCUACUUCAUGAAAUUUUGUAAAUUGACCCUUUCAGCUUGUGCUGCUGGUCAAUUUUUAUGUGCAUAUAUACCAAUAAAUAAAUAAAUAAAUAAAUUAUAUCUUUUGUUUUAUUCUGUUUGAAUCUUUUAAUUUUUUAUUUAUUUUGAACUUCCAAAGCUGACAUUAUGGUUCAGGAGUAACCUAUUAUCCCUGAAUUUAGGAAAAACAAAUUUUGUUCAUUUUCAGGGGAGGAAAAUCUACUGGUAACAAACAAAUAAGCAUUAAAGUAGAUGGAGUUGAAAUAGAACAAAGGCAGUGUACACAGUUUCUAGGUGUGUAUGUUAAUCAGAAUCUAGACUGGAGUGAUCAUGUCACUCAUUUUGUUACCAAAAUUUCUAGAAAUAUUGGUGUAUUAUAUAGGGUAAAAACAUUUGUUAAUGAUAGGAUAUUAUUGAUGAUAUACAAUACUCUUGUACUGCCACAUAUUUCAUAUUGCAAUGUUCUUUGGGCUACAUCUAAAGUGUCAACUACCAAUAUAUUUCUCCUGCAAAAGAAAGCAGUUCGCAUAUGUACUGGGUCUGGUUACAGAGACCAUACAAAUCCCUUAUUUGUAAAGCUGAAGUGUUUGAAGGUAGAAGAUAUACAUUUUUUGCAAACUGCCUUAUUUAUGUUCCGUUUUAAUGCCAAUAUGCUGCCUGACUCAUUUUCGUCAAAGUUUCAGCCUAACAGCACUGUCCAUUCAUAUAGCACAAGACAGUAAUCGAACAUACAUUUGGUUAAUCCUCGCACCGCAUUAGCUCAUACAUGUAAAUCAAUCAAACACCGUGGUUCAGAUGUUUGGAAUUCUCACAUAAUAACUCACAUAAUAUUCGAAAUUUGAAAACCUCACAUUCUUUUAAAUUGGCUGUAAAGCACAAUCUCCUUUCAAAAUUACAGAAUGUUUAAACUGCUAGUAACGUAUACAUGUAAGUAAUUAAGUCUUCUUUCUUUCUCUUAUUCGUAACUGAAGAUUAAGAAUUUAACUUUGUUGAAUUACUCUACCAUAUAUUCAUAACGAUUUGAAACUUAAUUGUUAUAUCUCAGCAAUCUAUCACUUUUACAUUCUUCUCUUUCUUUCCUCUCUUCCUUAUUCUUUCAUUUUUAUUUUGUUUUCUUGGAUGCAAAACCAGUUUAAAGGUGCUUCAACCAAUCAAGCUUUUAGCUUAUGUUGCAACACCUUUGUAUGUUCAUUAUUUACUUGUGUUUUCAUACAUAUAUUUAUAUAUUAUCUGUGUAUUCUUUUACAUUGUAUAUUGUGAGCAUGCAUGAAUAAAUUAAUAAAUAAAUAAAACUUCACCUUUGACCUUCUGACCUCAAAUUUAAUAGGCUUCCAGGGAUCCAUGCUUGUGUCAUACACACCAAAUUAUAUGAGCCUACAUGUAGGUUAAGUUAAACAUAAGUUAUCGGGUUUAAAGGGAAUGAAGAAGGGUAAGAUGAAAACAUGUCACUGUGACCUUGACCUUUGACCUAAAAAUCAAUAGGCUUCCUAAGAUCCAUGCUAGUAUUAUACACAUCAAAUUAUACAGGCCUGUGCUAAGUUAAACUAAAGUCAACACGUUUACAAGGACUGCAGAAGGGUAAGAUGAAAAUAUGUCUCUCUGUGACCUUGACCUUUUGACCUCAAAUUUGAUAGGCUUCCUGGGAUCCAUGCUUAUAUCAUACACACCAAAUUAUAUGAGCCUAGAAUAAGUCAAACUGAAGUUAUCGCGUUUACAAGGACUGCAAAAGGGUGAUGACCCAUUUCAUAACCCCAAACCCCCAUCACAUUGUUUUCAAAAUUGAAACAAAAAUAAUUUUUCAGAGGGAAAAAUACAAAUUUCAGUAAAAAACUUAAACAAGUGGAACGCUUCUAGCAGUCUCACAUUUUUAAUCAAUAAUAUUUACAUGUAUUAGUUAUCAUUUUCUAUUCCAUCAUUGUGUAAAGCGCUGUGAAACAAUGAUAUAUUGUAAGAGCGCUAUAUAAAUGAACAUAUUAUUAUUAUUAUUAUGAGAUUUGAUAAAGCAGCAGUGCUGACUUGGAAUGAUUAAUCACAAAACGAAAUAUUCAUGAUAAUAAAAUACUAUGUCCAGUGACCUAAAAUUACUUUUGACCACGAUCAUGUGCAAAACAAUCAUUCAAUUGUGUCUAUGUUUCAUGAACUAGAUCCAUAAACUUUUUAAGUUAUGAUGCCAAUUUAACAAAUACCCCCUAACAUGGCCAAAGUUCAUUGACCUUAAAUGACCUUUGAUCUAGGUUAUGUGACCUGAAACAUGCUCAGGAUAUUCAUGGAUACAUGGUUGCUCAAUAAGUUAUGAUGACUGUCACAUUGAAAAUACAUUUUAUUUUAUUUAUUUGUCUUUUUUUUUUAGCAAAACUAUUUAACCUUAUCUUGUACUCGAGCAAGGUUGCAUAGAGACAGGAAUUUGAUGUAUGAAAGUCAGACAAGUUUGAAUUGGAUUUAUAAAUGUUAUUUACAAGUAAGAGAAUGGCACAAAUUUGACGUGAGUUUUAUUGGAGUAUAUCCAUGUGACAUUUUCUGGGGGCUUGUCCGGGGUCCAACUUGUGCCGUUCGCAGUCACAUGGGUAAUGUGUUCGUUGGAAUAUUAUAUUUUUGAAUUUUUGGAAUAUUGAAACAUUGUUUAUCUGAUAUCAUCUAGACGAAGUAGAAUUUUUCAAUUAGAAUAGGAUAGAUUUUUUUUUUCAAAAUGGAUUAUGCUAGUUUAAUUGCAGCUGGUGAAAAGUUUGGGUUUACUGGCGAAGACCUCAGAAAUUUUGUUUCGGAAGAACAGAAAAAGCAAAGGGAAGAGAAGAGAAUUCAGUUGUUAGAAUUAAGGAGACAGGAAAAAGAAACAGCAGAAAUACAGUUAGAGAUAGAACGCCAAAGAAAUGCAAAAAGUGAAUCAAGUUCUGAUGGUAUUAGAGCUAGGUCUCCAGAGUUACCUCGAUUUUACGAAGACAAAGAUAACAUCUAUGCUUACUUACAACGAUUUGAACGUUAUGCCCAAAGCCAAAGUUGGCCAACCACAGAUUGGGCAAUGAAUCUUAGUGCUUUACUCACAGGAAAAGCCCUUGAUGUGCACGCUAGAUUGACCAGUGAUGAAGCAAAAGAUUACAGGACAUUGAAGACAGCCCUCCUGAAGGCCUUCCAGCUUACAGCAGAAGGAUUCCAUUCGAAGUUUUAUUCAGGUAAACCAGCCAACGGAGAAACCGCAUCCCAAUAUGCGAAUAUACUGGAGAACUACUUAACUAGAUGGAUUGAGCUCUCCAGCAUCAACCAUCGAUAUGAAGGCCUAUUUGAUCUUCUUCUCAGAGAACAUUUCAUGAAUGGGUGCCAUCGUGCCACAGUGCAUACCACAAGACCAGAAGGUAAAACUUAUACUCCUCAAACUCCACCUCGACCCCGAACACCACAAACAUGUACCAACCAGGUCACCUGUCUAGAAAUUGCCCCAAACAGACAACCAAACCUAAUGUGCCGAAGACUUGUUUUAUAUGUCAUAAACCGGGUCACUUUGCUAAUAAUUGUCGUUUCUCUUCCAUUAAGUCAGCAGGUUUAUUGGUAUCACAGGAACCAGAAGCAGCCUGCGAAUCAGAAGUUGAAUCAGGAACCGAAGCUGAUUAUUCACACCCCGAAUAUUCAGAACCUAUCCCACACAGUCCAUGUCAAUGUCCAUCUUGUACCAACCAGGCAUGAAAAUUGGGUAUGAAAAAAAAGCUGAAAGGGUUUUGGAAAUGUUGUUGACAAGACAGUGGGCGAAGCCCACCGGGCGAGCGGCUUGCCGCUCGCUGCUAACGGGUGGGGUCCAGGGGCAAAGCCCCGGUCGGGGUCCAGGGGGACGCCCCCUGAAGCUCCUGGGUUUUAUCAAUUUUAAAACUCCAAAAACCUGUUUGAGUUGAAUGAUUGUAAUGAAGUAUUUAUAUGGAUUUUUGUCCAAAAUUCAAUUUAAAAAAAACUAAAAAAUACUAAAAAAUCAAGUACCGUAAACCGGGGUGACUUUGGACAGUUUUUAAAAAGAAGAUUGCUUCAGCUACAUUCCUUUCGCCGUUGAUUUUUCUGAAAAUAUUUAGUUAUUUUAUGAUAAAGGAUAUGUAAAUAAUGAAACGAGCCAUUUAAUUAUUCACAUAUCCCCCUAUCAUCACAUAUCUUAACUGUCCAAAGUCACCCCGGUUUACGGUAAUCAACUUAAGUCAUUUACCAAUUUAAUCAGUCUUACCAUAAUAAGCUACUUGUCAUACUUGUACUUGAGCAAUUUGCACUGAAAGUUUUCUGAUAACUUUGUCUUAGCUGAUUUCUCAUGAAGUUGACCUUCAGCUAUUUUAGUUCACCAAUCUCUGCGAGCACAUUCAGCUUCUUUAUCGGUCUUCCACCGGUCCGAUAUGAUAUGCGCGCCCGGUCGCUGCAUGCCCGGCGCGCCGGGUUGUCCCCAGCGAUUGCAAGCACACCACCGCUGCACUGCAUGCACAGAAACGUAAAACACACCGCGAAAUACACGUGUAGAGUUGAGAUGUGCUAGAUAAGAGAUUCCUGCGCAAUCGUUGUAAAGGCCGAACGUCAUAUAACACGUAAGAUAUGCUAAAACAUUUUAGCGCUAAAAAUCGGAAAUUAAAACGCGGAUUUUAGGAGUAAAAAAAAUGGAAAUUCAGCAAACAAAAAACGUGGAAAUCCGCGGAAACGCAGAGAAUUUUCAUGCCUGACCAACACACAGGUUCGAAUUGAAGCUUCAUGCAUGGUGGUAAGGAUGCCACCCGAUACCCCUCCUUUUGAAUCCACAGCAGACCAUGUCACAUUUAGUUGCGGACACAGAUUACCACUGAUGAGCGCAGCAUGCUCUGAUGAGUAUGUAGUCAAAGACAUGCCAGUUGUUGAAGGUAUGAUAGGUAAAAAAAUAAUUUCAGUUCUAAGAGACAGUGGUUGCAGCGGAGCAAUCAUCAAACAAGAUCUCGUAUCACAAAAACAAAUGACAGGUGAAGAAUGUACUUGUGUUCUAAUUGAUCGUACAUUGAGAACCUUCCCAAUUGCAAUGAUUGAUGUAAACACCCGCUUUUACGUUGGUAAAGUUCGUGCAUUGUGUGUAAAAACUCCUCUAUAUGAUCUAAUUCUAGGAAACAUUCCUGGUGUAAAAUCACCAGAUCAUCCAGACCCACAUUGGAAGCCGACAAAUACUGUCACGCCAUUUUGCGCAGUACAGACCAGAGCACAAGCACAACGAGAAGGCAAGCCAUUUCGUCCCCUCAAGACUCCAAAUCCCAUGAAGGACAUCGUGACGCCAUCAGUUCUGAAAGAAGCACAGCAGAAGGAUCAGACUUUGCAUCGACUACGAGAAUUGGCCGACAGCGGUGCAGAGAAAGUAAGUCACCAUAGUAACAUCUCUUCAUUCAAGUACAGAGAUGGAAUACUGUUUAGAGUAUUUCAUUCUUCCAACACAGAUCCAGAUUCAGUAAUCAAACAAGUAGUUGUACCAAGCGAGUACCGUAAACAGGUUAUGCACAUGGCCCAUGAGAAUCUCCUAGGAGGUCAUCAAGGUGCAAAGAAGUCAACAGAGAAAAUUCUCACCAAUUUCUUUUGGUCUGGGAUAAGUUCAGAUGUUACCAGAUAUGUCCAAUCAUGUG